GAAUUCCAUGCACUGCUUAUUACUGCUAUCUCCCCGCUGCCGCAAGCUGAAAUCACUUCUGUACCGAAAACCUUCAGGUCUUACCAGGUGAAUAUUUCUGCGCUUUGAGACACUUCUGUCCCGACAAGAAUUUUCUGUUGAGGAGCAUUACACUCAUUCCGAGAAGAUUCCUCUAGAAUUUCUCCCUGUACUUCAACCACGAAGCGAACAAGGGAUAUUUUUUGUAAUUCUUGCCGACUGAAAACACGCACACGGCUCUGGGUGGAACUGAACAUGGGCAAUACCUUCGGCAAGCAUCCCGACAAAUAUUGGUCUAGGCUGACCAAGAAAAACACUAAAGUAAACAAGAAACACCUUCAGUCAGAAGAAUUCUUGAAUUUUCACAGCGAUCAUCGACUGAAGGGGCGUUCACUGAGUGGGAUACGAUUUGAGCACGUCGUCACGGAGGUCCUGUAUGACUAUGGUGAUGAUGAGCUUCAUAUCUUCAGGGGAUAUGUGAACAACGGAGAAGAAGACGAAGACGAUUGUGGUCUAGAUAACGACUCAUACAUGGACAUGGAGACUGACUUUCACAUUGAAAGAAUUUCACCGAAUCUUUGUCACAGCUCGGAUGGAAGUUUUAAGGGUAUCCUGCGUAAAACUGAUUCUGAAUCGGACAGUUCGUGUGUCACUGUUGAAAAGGAAUGAUCCAAGCCUGUUCUGCUUAAAACGCAUUUCUUACCUUACUGUCUUUAUCUUACAUUGGAGUAUUCUAUGCACUUUUUGGUUUCCUCCUUUUAUCUACUGAAAGAUAUCAGAAGGACAGCGGCAAAACCAUCCAAUUCAGACCCAUUGUCCUUUGUUCUCCUUCUGCUGUACAUUGAUUUGUUAUAUGAAGUACCCGAGUAAAUGAAAUUUGCUUGAUG